AGUACUGAAGAACACAUUGUUUUGUUGCAGUAUAUAACCAUUGCCUCAUCAGGUUUGACUUUCUUUUUGAGAGCAGACUUGAAAAGGACACUCUGUGGGCAACAGACAUUUUGGAUGCAAUUUGCACAAAGCAGGGAACCCCAAAAUGCCAAAAGAUAAUCGGGAUGAAUAUGAAUAUACACCUUUGUUAAUUAAAGAGCCAGAAGAAACAAAGCGGGCUUUAAAGUUUCCAAACAAAUCCCUUCUUCUGGCUACCUUUGCUGCUUGUAUAGGAGGAACCUUCCAGUAUGGAUAUAACGUCUCUGUCAUUAAUGCACCCACCAAGCAUGUGCAAAAUUUCAUCAACCAAACGUGGACAGAGCGUUACCAAACUGACAUUACAGUAGAUGCUGUCACCUUAUUGUGGUCCACCAUAGUGUCUAUAUUCACCCUGGGAGGACUAAUUGGAGUAUCACUUGGAGGAACAUUGUCAAUGAAGCUGGGAAGGAAAGGGACUUUGUUGGCGAACAAUAUUCUCGCACUGUUGGCUGCAGUGAUGAUGGGUCUGAGCUAUCCCACAGCAUCAUUUGAACUAAUUAUCAUCGGCCGUCUUCUCAUUGGACUAAAUGCAGGCAUUGGCCUUUGUGUUCAACCUUUGUACUUGACCGAAAUUGCUCCAACUGCCAUCCGUGGUCUUAUGGGAAUGGGAACCUCUGUUUUUGUCACUGGUGGGAUCUUGACUGGACAAGUGAUGGGCCUCAAAGAGCUGCUGGGAGGAGAAGAGUAUUGGCCCUUUCUGCUGUCCACCACAUGUAUCCCAGCGGCCCUGCAGCUCCUGACCCUCCCCUGGUUCCCGGAGAGUCCACGCUUCCUGCUCAUUGACAGAGGAGAUGAUGAGGGAUGCAAAAAAGCCCUGAUGAAACUCCAUGGUGUCGCCAGUUAUGACAAAGAAAGGGAGGAAAUAGAGAAGGAGAGGAACAACUUGGCUGGAUUCAAGGCCAUGAAGCCAUGGGAAGUGUUUGCGGAUCGCAGCAUGCGCUGGCAGCUGCUCACCAUCAUAGUCCUCAACUCAGCUCAGCAGCUCAAUGGAAUCAACGCUAUCUAUUUCUAUGCAGAUUAUGUUUUUAGACAAGCGGGAAUUCCCAGUGAGAAAAUACCAUAUGCAGCAGUUGGCACUGGCGCCUGUGAAUGCCUCACUGCUUUGACCUGUGGUUUGCUCAUUGACAGCCUGGGAAGGAAGGUGCUCAUUACUGGGGGAUACACUCUCAUGAGUAUAUGCUGCAUUUUGUUCACGCUAACCAUGACCUUUCAGAACACGGGUCCAGUUUUUCCGUACCUGAGCAUGGCAUGUAUUUUUGCCUUCAUUCUGAGUUUUGGAUUAGGGCCAGGCGGCGUGACUAACAUCUUGACCAUGGAGCUGUUCACGCAAAAUGCACGGCCUGCAGCCUACAUGAUUGCAGGUUCCAUAAACUGGAUCAGCUUCUUUCUUAUCAGCAUGAUCUUCCCUUUUAUUGUGAUCGGACUGCAGCAGUACUGUUUCCUGGUGUUUAUGGUCAUAUGCACCAUGGUGGCACUUUACAUCUUCUUUAUUAUUCCUGAAACUAAGAACAAAACCUUCCUGGAAAUCCAGAGUGAGUUUAAGUCAGCAACAAAAAGAAGGCCACAGCACUGAUGGUUCCAGAAUGACACUGUUGGCCACUUACAAAAAUAUAAUUCAUGAAGGUCAUGUUUUAAAACUUGUAUUUAUUUUUCUUUGCCACAAUAGUGCCUUGUUUGAAUGUUGAUGAUGAGCUGUUGUGUGUUCUUAGA